GCAGCAGCAGCAGCAGCAGCAGCAGCAACAGCAACAGCGGCAGCAGCAGCCAUUGCCCGACCCCAGUACUAUCAUGGAAAAGCCGUACGUGCUGGAGCUGAAGAAGGAGCUGGGAGAGGAGCUUGUAGUGAGCCACGGCUCGCCGCACGGCGCCGGCUCGCCGUACCCGCUCGGUCGUAACGGCACGCCCGGCGGCCACGCCACGCCCACGCCUUACGACGACUCGGUCACGCUGCACGCCUCGCACGGCGGCCACGAGAUCGCGUUCAAGGCGGAGGCGCUGGCUGCCGAGCCGGUACUGGUGGAGGGCACGCCGCACAUUGUGUACCCGGGCGGGGGAGGCGAGACGCUCGAGCCGGCCGCCAUGGCUACGCUGCGCCCCAUCUCACCGCCCCCGCUCCCGGCCUUCUCGUGCGGCCAGGCCGAACCGACCCUCAGCUACACGUGUCUGCAGCCGAACGGCACCGUGUCUCCGCUGCAGAGCUACGCCCCCUACGUCAGCUACGGUGGCGCCGCCAGCGGCAACUGCUCGUACUACGCGCCGCCGCCCACCUACAAGCACGAGCGGUACGUGACGCAGGGCUAUGAACUGAGCUCGGCGUACGCACCCGUCCUACCGGUCGAUAUCCAGCGCAUCAACAGCGGCGGUGGCAGCAGCAAGGAGCACGAUGCCGUGAGCUGGAUGUACGACUAUACUGGCGCGCCGGCGAGCAUGGCCGCCCAGCCCAGCCUCUCCUAUAACGGCGUCACCUGGCAGGGCGCCUACGACGUCACCGAUCUACGCAAACUCGACUUUGAUGAUCCGGCCAACCAGGAAGGGCGUGAGUGCGUCAACUGUGGCACCAUCAGCACGCCGCUCUGGCGCCGCGAUUCCACCAACCACUUCCUCUGCAACGCCUGCGGCAACUACCUCAAGACCAACGGCACCAACAGAAAUCCGCCCAAGGGUUCCGCCUCCAAGCGGCUGUCCGGUCCAUUUCAGAACACCCCGGCGACGAACCGACGCCUCGGCCUGUCCUGCGCCAACUGCCACACCACGACCACCACCCUGUGGCGCCGCAACAACGUCGGCGAGCCCGUCUGCAACGCCUGCGGCCUCUACUUCAAGCUGCAUCAGGUUAACCGGCCAAUGACCAUGAGAAAAGACGGCAUUCAAACCAGAAAACGCAAGCCGAAGAACAUGAAUCCGGAAAAAGGCUUGCUUAAAUCGCAAGCUCGCUCCAGCAUGAUGCCGGUAUCGCAGCUGUCAAGCACGUACACGUCCAACGAGUUCUACAGCCAGCACUACCCGAGCGAGUUCGCGGUGUCCGCCAGCAGCGGCGGCUCGGUGCUGCCGCUGGUCACCAUGCCGCCGGCCAGCUCAGCUGGUAACCACAGUCGGAUCUUGUACAACACAUCUGAAUUGGACACGGUCAGUUUGAGUGGCGUGGCCGGCGACAAGCUGGAGAAGCCUCAAGUAUGAAGCUUCGCGCCGUGUGAUGACGUCAUGUUAGGCCACCGAGAGCGUACUAAUACACGCUUCACAAGACGAGCUGGUUUUUCAGGCCUUAGUGAAUAUGACACUACUUGUAUGCGUGCUACUAUCUGGUGGAUGCUUAUGUGUGUACAUGCUUCGUGCGACAAUGUGCGAGUUCGUUUUCACCUUGCUAUAUAUAAUCCGAUGAGGCGGGUAUGUCCGUGUGGUUGUUGAGGUUGAGUCUGUCCUCACACACCAGUUGUGUCAGCGGUGACCCCCAGCAUUUGUUUACUAGUCCAACUUGGCAAUGUGUUAUUCAAACAGAAUCCUGAGUGAAAGAAAGCAACGCACUGUGGUUAUGAUUUCGCCUGGCACCAGAUAUGGGUUGUGCGCAAAGCAUCUGUUUUACAUGGAAUGUGUGUACUGCAUUUCAAGUGACGCGUUCGGCAGGCAUUGGUUCAUCUCGCAGGCUGUUUCUGGGCUGUACGUUUAUAUGACAUGCACGGCUUCAGCGACAUACUUGGGCCGUUAAUUGCGUGAUGUUUUCAAUGAGCAUCGUCAAUUUUGUCACAUUUUUUCUCACGAACGGGCAUUUAGCUGUUGUAGCAUAUGCAGCUUUCUGAUUGUUUUCCGACAGUGCGUUGUUGAGCGAGUCGAUGAUGAGCUUUAUGUUGUGUAUAUAGCUGGAUUGCUCGGUAGUUCAUGUGCUCCAAGUCGGGGCGCAAUACACAA